CUUCAUCCAAAUUGACACCCGGGGCUCUCAGAAAUAUAGGCAGCAUCACUUCCAGCUCGUGCAUUCAGUCCCACAGCUGCCCCAUAAGCCACCGAGCAGCAGCUCCGUCGAUCCAAGGUGCACCCUCACCCACGCAGAGACACUCGCACUCGCCGGAUCUUUGCAGUGGGGAUAGAAGCUCAUUGUCGGAGACGCAAUGUUUGUCAAACUGGCCGUGCUGCUGCUGCUGGUUUUGUCAGUACUGGAGCAAGUAGUGGGAACGGAUAAUAUUGACAUUUAUGACACCCCCCCGGAGAAACCUGCGAGCCAGAAAGGACGCCUCUCACUGCAGAACACAGCUGAGAUUCAGCACUGCCUGGUGAGUGCAGGGGAUGUCGGCUGCGGUGUGUUUGAGUGCUUUGAGAACAACUCCUGCGAGAUACGAGGGCUACAGGAAAUCUGCAUGACGUUCCUGCACAACGCUGGCAAAUUUGACUCUCAGGGGAAGUCCUUCAUCAAGGAUGCUUUGAAAUGUAUGGCGCAUGGUCUGCGACACAAGUUCAGCUGCAUCAGCAGAAAGUGUGUGUCUAUUAAGGAGAUGGUGUUCCAGCUCCAGAGAGAGUGCUACAUGAAACACAACCUGUGCUCUGCUGCUAAGGAGAAUGUGGCCGUCAUGGUGGAGAUGAUCCAUUUCCAAGAUCUGUUCCCCAAAGGUCCAUAUGUAGAGCUGGUGAAUAUUCUCCUGAGUUGUGGAGAGGAAGUGAAGGAGGCGCUGACACGCAGCGUCCGACUACAGUGUGAGCAGAACUGGGGGGCCCUCUGCGACAGCUUGAGCCUCUGCACCUCAAUGGCCCCGUCUCCUGCCAGCACCCCAGUCGAACACCGCCGCCACCUCUUGCCUUCACAGCCUGAACCGGAGCAGCCUCGCCUGCCGCGGCAAGGUGAAAAGGAGAAAGCUGGUAAGGCAGGCUUCAGCUCUCACCCACGUAACCGCAGCCAGGGACCCCGCCGUCAUAGUCCGGAAACUGGAGUGGUGGCUGAGGAGGAAGACCCCAAGGCCACCGACAUCCGGAGGUGAAAGCUCAGGAAACUGACUUUUGACCUCCUACACCAUUUAAAAGCCACACUUGCAGACUUGUGUACACCUUCACACAACUACAAACACACACACACACACACACACACACACACACACACACAAAUUCCCAUAGACUGAGCUGAAGGAAACAAGCCCCGACUUUUCCUGUCCUUAUUCCGCCCUUUCUAGUCAUUCCAGCAGUCCCACAUGGUAAAUGUGCAGGGUAAUCAUGGUGUAGCUCAUGCCAGACUGUAGGCCACAUUAUCAUUAUUAUCAUUAUUAUCAUUAUUAUUAUUAUUAUUAUUAUUAUUAUUUUAAAAAUUAAUAACAAUUGUUGAUUAUUUCAGCUGUUAGGACUAUUUUGGCUCUAAUAUAGCAUUUUCUCAAAUCAUACUUACUGUAAGAUUUGAUUAUAUUUGUAUUAUUUAUUUUAUUCUUUAUGCAAAGUUGAAAUAUCAAUAUGUACAUAGAAUAUCUAUAUUUAUAUGAACAUGUAUAAAUAUAGUUACAAUAUGCAAUACUGAUAUACUAUAGGUGACAUAGUAUAUGGUGUGCUGUCUGUCAUUCUCUUCACAGUAUUGCACCCAUCACACAAAGGUCUGUAGAUAUGUAACAUACACUAUUUGCUGUUUUCAAAGUGGAGAUAUGUAUUAUAACUAUAGAUACUUGAUGAUUAAUACAAAUUGUACAGGAUUUAAGUCCAGUUCUGGCACAUAUGAAUUGUAGUGCAUGACGGCCAUUAAAUGUGUGCAUUCUUCAAAGUGUAAGUCCACUCAGAAGAGAAUGCAAAUGUAAUGCUAUGAAUAUGAGCAGUUAGUUCACACUUGUAUGUAUCGAUAAGUCUCUCGCAAAGCUAGAAAUAAGAGCGCAGAGACGCUUCGUUGAUGUCACCCUGGCACCGCUCUCUGGGCAGCAGUGAAUGGGGAUCUGUAUGCUUCACGAGUAUUAGAUAUAUUCUAUUCACGUGUCUUACUUUAAAUGCAAGUAUCACACCACUCUCAUUCAUUGUUAAUAGAGCUCUGGAAACUGUGUGUCAGAGACAUUGCAGAUCGGUGUCAGUGUGUUUGGUUUCAGGAGCCGUCACUCAUGUUCACAAAUAGCAGCUGAACUGUCAAAUGUGUUUUUUCCCACGUGACUGUCAGCUAUCAGCGGCAAAGAGGAUGUUCGAUUUCAAAUGCCCCCCCCCCCCAAAAAAAAUCACAAACAUCAACGUGCCUAAAGUCAUUAAUGUCCACUGUGACCGCUUCUCUGUGAUUUUAAUUGAAUCGAUGAUACUGUGUCAUGAGGGAGGUUUUAAUGUUAAAGCUGUUUUGCGAAGGUGUUGAGCCACAAAGUCUCGGAUUUUGCACUUCAGGUUAUUGUCGGUUUGUGUUUGACCAGUGCAGCUUGAGAAAUAAGACCAUAUUAGCUCAGUAGUCACCCUCUAGCCAGAGACCGUUUCCUUUAAGCAGCCUGGAUUUCCUCUCGACGACGGCACCAAAACGGCCUGCAUCCUCACAGAACCAGGUCGAGCCAUGCUGCCCUUCCUCGGUGUCCCAGUGGGUAGGAAAGAGGCUUGACAGAAACCCUCCAGAUCUCCUGGCCCCUAUAAAUUAGUUCUUAUUUCUCUCUGGUCCCAUACCUAGGUCAGACAUGAAGGCCUGUUAUUCUACCCGUUAGAGCCGCAAGCAACACAGCGAGGACCCAGGAACUGGGUUAAGUCCACACACAGGGGCUCUGGCGCUGUUAUUCUAAAUGUUAUAUUUACAGAGGCCACCAGAGAAUUCCUCUGGGUCACAGCCAAGAGCCAGCAAAACAGAGAGGCAGAGACGAGUGGACCAAGGAGUGAGACGAGCCCAAUGUCUUUCUUUCUUUCUUUCUUUCUUUCUUUCUUAAAUGUGAUGAUUCACUCUGUCUUUCCUCCUUUAGGGCACAGACAUGCAGAUUUUUGACCAUUUCAGGCCAGUCACAUGCUUCAGUUGUGGAAGUGCAGUUUAUGAGCACAUUUCACCACAUGCUGAGGAGUGCUUGGUGCAAAAAUAAAAAUAAGACAUGUUCAGAUUUUGUGGCUCAGUUAAAGCUUUUUCACAGUUUAGUUCUCCUUUUACUACAUACUAAAGAUAAAGAUUUAUUCUCCCACUCAUUUAAACACGAUCUUAAGUGAAACUUUGAGGCUUUUUUUUAUCAUUAUUAUUGUUAUUAUUAUCAUUAUUAUUAUUCUUUUGUGGAAGUUGGGAUUCCUGUGACAUCCCAGCAUAAGACAUAAGCUAAUCCUAUGAGAAUGUACUGUAUGUUUGUAACGUGACAAUCUGUUAAGCGCUCUGUCAUUAGGUUUGAUAUGGCUUUUUGUAAUACUAUAGUGGCUUGAAUGGCUUUUUUUUUUGCCCUGUAUGUGUUCAGAGGAAAAUAAAACUAACCAGGUUUCCUGUAUUCUUAGUGCUCCAUCACUACAUCACAGGUUUUCCUCUGUUAAGCACAGUCUCUGCUUUCACUGCUUCAAACUACAGGACAUCAUCUAGAGACUUGUAACUUACUUGGGUGAUAUUGGGUUUAUAACCCUUGAAGUAUCUUUGGACUCUUUAAGUCAGAUGGACCUUGUUCAUUAAAAUAUUUUUGUCUGCA